AUGCCAACCCUGACCCGAGGCCUCUUUCUGGGCCUCUGCAUUCUGGUCCUUUUGGAAACUGCUGCAGCCCAGACCCCCAAAGAUCCUCCAUGUCGUCGUCGGUGUCCCCAGCAUGCCAUUUGUAUCAAUGGGACCCACUGCACCUGCAAAAAUGGAUUUGCUUCUUCGACUGGGAAGAAAUACUUCAGUGACCCUCUGGAGAUCUGUGACGAUAUUAAUGAAUGUGUACCACCCACUGAUGUCUCUUGUGGUCAGAAUGCAGACUGUGUUAAUACAGAAGGAAGUUACCACUGCACUUGCAUCUCUGGAUAUGCACUUCCUUCUGGGGAGAAGAUAUUCCCAAAUGCCACUAUGAACAACUGUCAAGAUGUGGAUGAAUGUCAGCUCAAUAGCUCACUCUGUGCACCCAAUGGGGUCUGUAAAAAUGAGCUUCAAAACUAUACAUGCAUAUGCAAGCCUGGCUUUGCCAAAAGCAGCAAGAACCAAUUGGAGGAUUGCAUAGAUAAAGAUGAAUGUCAGGACAAAUUACUCUAUGUUAAUGAAUGUGUACCACCCAGUACUAUCUCUUGUGGUCAGAAUGCAGCCUGUGUUAAUACCUAUGGAGAUUACCACUGCACCUGCAUCCCUGGAUACAAACUUCCUUCUGGGGAGAAGACAUUCCCAAAUGCCACUAUGAACGACUGUCAAGAUAUCUCCUUUCCCACAUCACCAUUGAACCCUGGAGGCAGCAACAAGUUGGAGAAUCUUUCUUACCACCUUGAAUCAUUUACCGCCACCCAUGCCUUUUGGACUGCUAAGAACAAGAGAGCAAUUGCAACUAAAGUGACAAACCUAUUACAGGACCUAGAACAAGCUGCAUGGGAGGAUGCUAUCAGGUCUCCUGAUGGGAAGAUACAGAUGGUACAGAAUAAGUCUGUUCUAGCUAUUGAAACGCAUGUAAUCAGCAACUGCUCCCAGGAAAAUGGGACCAUUAAACUGGAAGCUCAGAAUAACUCAAUGAAGAUUUUCUGCAUGGAUAUAAUCCACUCAGAUACUCAAGGUCUGAGUGCAGUUGCUUUUCUCUCCUAUUCUUACCUUGGAGCCAUUAUAAAUGCAUCCUUUUUUGAGGAGAGACAUGGGAAGGAGAGUUAUGGAAUCUACCUGAACUCUCAAGUAGUCAGUACUGCUAUAGGACCACAGCAAUCAGAAUCCUCCUCUCUUUCUGUUAUUCUAGAGUUCCAGCAUAUGCAGAAAAAGAGAGAAGAAGAAAUGUCCCUCUGUGUUUACUGGGAAGCACAGUUAGAGGAGGGAGGUGUAUGGUCCACAAAAGGCUGCAACCUCAUAAAAUCCAAUGAAAUGCACACCAGCUGCAACUGCACCCACAUGUCUACAUUUGCUGUCCUGAUGGCUCCCAUUCCUCAGGAAGAAGAUUGUGUGCUGACAGUGAUCACUUAUGUGGGGCUGAGCCUCUCCCUGCUGUGUCUCUUUCUGGCUGCCCUCACCUUCCUCCUAUGCCGCACCAUUCAGAACACCAGCACCUCCCUCCACCUGCAGCUCUCUCUGUGCCUCUUCCUGGCAAACCUCAUCUUCCUCACAGGAAUUAAGCACAGCAAGAAUCAGGUCCUGUGUUCCAUCAUUGCAGGGUUAUUACAUUACUUCUACCUGGCCUCUUUCACCUGGAUGCUGCUGGAAGGCCUGCAUCUCUUUCUUACUGCACGGAACCUGAUGGUUGUCAAUUACUCCAGAGUGAGCCAAUCCCUGAAGAAGGUCAUGUAUCCUCUGGGCUAUGGAAUUCCAGCUGGGAUUGUGGCUAUUUCUGCAGCAUCAAGAGCAGGCCUCUAUGGAACUUCUUCCCACUGCUGGCUCAAGCCGGAUAAGGGAUUUCUCUGGGCUUUCCUUGGACCAGUCUGUACCAUAUUCUGUGUAAACUUCACUUUUAUUCUUCUGGCUCUUUGGAUUUUGCAUAGCAAACUUUCCUCCCUCAACAGUGAGGUGUCCACUAUCCAGGACACAAGGUUGCUGACAUUUAAAGCCCUGGCUCAGUUGUGCAUCCUGGGCUGCACCUGGUGUCUGGGCAUUCUGCAGAUUGGCUCAGCUGCUCAGAUCAUGGCCUAUCUCUUCACUAUCAUCAACAGCCUGCAGGGAGUCUUCAUCUUCCUGGUGUACUGUCUCUUCAAUUAUCAGGUUCGGGAACAGUACAAAAGAUGGUUCAUGACAAUCAGGCAAAAAAAAUCUGACUCUGAGUCACUCAUGCUCUCAAGCAAGGUUGUCUCUGGCUCCAGCCAGACCCACUCAGAGAACCAAGAAGAAAGCAUCAAAUAUGAAAACUUCCCAGUCGCUAUGGGCAGGAUAGCUAUAGAACCCCAGGACUACCUUCAGCCUGGCCUCAGGAAGAAGGGGCAUGAAGAAGAGUAA